CCAGCAGCAGCCCUAUCACCCCCAUCACCACCACCGCACAACCCCUAUUUCUAUCCAACGGCCCCGCCGUCUGUCCAUUCUCUCAGCCUGUGCCCGACCACGACCCCAAUAUUCUGAGCGCCUGCAACGUCGCAGGAACACGGCCCAAGAUGGCUGAGAACUACCAAGUCAUGGAGGAGCUAGGCAGUGGGAGCUUUGGCAAAGUGUACAAGGCCAUUGACCGGUCAACUGGCGAGACAGUCGCCAUCAAGCACAUCGACCUCGAAGACAGCUCCGAGGAGCUUGCCGACAUCCAAGCAGAGAUCGCACUGCUCAGCACCUGCCACAGCCCGUACAUCACCGCAUACAAGACGAGUUUCGUCAAGGGCGUCAAGUUAUGGAUCGUCAUGGAGUAUCUUGGUGGUGGUUCGGCUGCAGAUCUGCUGGCACCCGGCCCCUUCAGCGAGGCACAAAUCGCGAUAACGUGUCGCGAGCUUCUCCUGGGACUCGACUACUUGCAUUCGACAGGCAAAAUUCACCGCGACAUCAAGGCUGCCAACGUCCUCCUGACCGACCAGGGCAAGGUCAAGCUCGCCGACUUCGGUGUUGCUGCACAGUUGACCAACAUGAAAUCCAUCCGCGUGACGUUCGUGGGCACACCUUUCUGGAUGGCGCCCGAGGUUAUACAAGAGGCGGGCUACGACUUCAGGGCUGAUAUUUGGUCACUCGGCAUCACCGCAAUGGAGCUGGCUGAAGGCGCACCACCACAUGCCGGCGCCCACCCCAUGAAGGUGCUCUUCACAAUCCCCAAGAACCCCGCUCCCCGUUUACAAGGCGACCGAUGGAGCAAAGACUUCAAAGACUUCAUUGCACAAUGUCUCAUCAAGGACCCAGAUCGACGAGCGACCGCACAAGAACUACUGAAGCAUCGAUUUGUUCAGCGUGCAGGCAAAGUCGAGCUAUUGCGAGAGCUGGUUGACCGCAAGCAAAUGUGGGAUACUCAAAGAGAAACACAGACCGUCUCGCAACCCAAGUACUACGAAGAGACCAUGAUCGACCUAUCUUCACGGACACGAGAUGAUGAAUGGGUUUUCGACACUCUCAAACCAGGCACAGUGGCUCCCGCGCGCCAGAGCGGGCGGCGACGCAAGCUUGCACGCAUUCCUUCUGCGGAGGCUUCAGAUGUAGACUCAGGGAUGCAGAGCUUAGACCUAAACGCCGCACCACUCGGCAUGAUCACAGAAUCCCCUCUAGCAGAACGCCGUCGAUCUACAUCUCGAACGUCAUCACAAGCAACAGCAUUACGCGAUUCUUCUGGCUCGACACCAACUGCUCGACGCGUUAGUAACGCCCCCAAGCAGCCCCUCGGCGUCGAUCUCACCUUUGGCAACUCACCAUCGACUGUGCGACACUUCAAACGGGUGCCAUCUGGGGAGCGUCGAGCACCCUUGCGUUCGAGUCCGCCGCCAGACCAGGCCAACCAGGGCAACUGGUUCAACCCUCAGGCCCCGACAUUUCGACCAUCGCCACCUAACUCAGCACGCGCUCUAGACAUGAACAACGAGAACCAACCGCCGACUCCAGAUUACCCGCCAAUGCCAGUAACGAAAGAUGCAUUGUACGGCCGACGAGCAUAUAGCAAAGUCCUCGACUCUGUGUUCCAGGAGGCAUAUGCCGAUUCUGGGUCUGCUCCUCAGCGAGAGGCUCUAGGGCGGGUAUCCCAGGCCUGGGCGCAGCUGGACGAAGUCGACCCCCACGGCGAGUUCAUGCUGCUCAAAGCCAUGGUCGACCGUCUGAAGAACGACCCUAAACUCGCAUCCGCCCUCGGCCUCGAGAUCGCCCCCACAAAGUCACCCCUCAAGCACAACACAAACACCAGCGACACAAGUCUGAGCGGCACCACCGUCCACGGCAAAGGCACAACACGCAUCCGCUCCAGCACCACAUCCACAACCUCGACAAGCAAAGCCUCGGACGACUACAGCUCUUCCUCGCCCUACCAGACCCCCAACAGCACGCCCAUGAGCUCCCCGACAAAGACCUCGAAGCUCAUCCUCGCCCAGAACAACCCUCAAGUGAAAUCCCACCGUCGGCGCCAGAGCGCUUUUGCAGGCGGCGAGAAACUAAUGCCCCCUGAUGCGCACGGGGCCCUCGACGAGAAGAAACUACCCGGCCAUGUCGAGAAGGGCAUGGAGCAGCAGGGUCUGCUCGCGGAUAUUCUCUACGGGCAGUGGACGCAGGGGCUGCGCACGCGCUGGCCUAUCGCGUAG